ACCCCUGCCUCCGACCCCCCCGGACCCGCCGCGCGGAGACAUGUAGCCUCGUGUUCGGUCGGCGCGUACGAAGAUGUGCCGUCUCGCUGGGUCUAAUAAUAGCCGCCCUUCUUCUCGCCGCCCCGCCGCCUUAUUGCAUUAUGGAUGCCGCCGGAGCGGCGUCCCGUCCAGAUAGCGUGGGAACGAGUCAGUGAGGCUGCGGCUCCGAUGCUCCAGCAGCAGCAGCAGCAGCAGCAGCAGCAGCAGCAGCAGCAGCAUCCCCUGCCCCCCUUCUCCUCCGCCUGCUCCGCCCGGGCCAUGCCCGCAGUGUGAGCCCGCUGCCCCGGCUCCCCGGUUCCUCGUCCCGGUUCCGCGGCGGCGCCAUGCGGGAGUACAAGGUGGUGGUGCUCGGCAGCGGCGGGGUGGGCAAGUCGGCGCUCACCGUGCAGUUCGUCACCGGGACCUUCAUCGAGAAGUACGACCCCACCAUCGAAGAUUUCUACCGAAAGGAGAUCGAGGUGGACUCCUCCCCGUCCGUGCUGGAGAUCCUGGACACGGCCGGUACCGAGCAGUUCGCCUCCAUGCGGGACCUGUACAUCCGGAACGGCCAGGGCUUCAUCCUGGUCUACAGCCUGGUCAACCAGCAGAGCUUCCAGGACAUCAAGCCCAUGAGGGACCAGAUCAUCCGGGUAAAGAGGUACCAGCAGGUGCCCGUGGUGCUGGUGGGGAACAAGGUGGACCUGGAGGAGGAGCGGGAGGUGUCCCCGAGCGAGGGCCAGGCGCUGGCCGAGGACUGGGGCUGCCCCUUCAUGGAGACGUCGGCCAAGAGCAAGACCAUGGUGGACGAGCUGUUCGCCGAGAUCGUCCGGCAGAUGGACUUCUGUCCCCUGCCGGACCGCAGAGAGACCUGCUGCCCCGCCUGCAGCAUCCAGUAGCCAGCCGCAAAGGCCCCGUGCAGAUUCGUCGGUUUUCAGAGGAAAGACACGCUCUCUCGCUCGUGCUCCGCCCGCCCGCCCGCUCUCUGCGGUCCGCAGUCACACAGGCGCCGUCAUUCUGGGAAUUGUAGGGAAUCACUUAACCGAAGCAGAAGAGGACGAAACAGAAAGGACUCAGACGGAGGCCGGAGUCUUCCUGGACCGCUCACAUCCAUCACGGAGAGAGUUCCCAGGUUCCCCGAAGGCAGCGCGGUGCCAGAGCCCUGUUAAAAGCCACGGGCAGAGAGGACGACGGCGCUGACGGCCGCCGGGGAGGCGGCCAUCGCCCCGAGCGGCGGCGGCGGCACGCAGCCUGACUUCUAACGCCUGGAUUUGUCAAUUUUAAUGCACUUUUGGGACUUUGUGACGGCGCGAGACUCAUGACAAGCAACGCCACUGUGAAGGAGUCGUACCGGGAGCGCAGGCCCCAAACACCUACAAACGAAUGAAUGAAUGAAUGAACAGAAUGUCCAUGAAGGAGACCGCACCUUUUCAACAAGGAGGGGGGGUGGGGGAAUUCAUGCAACGUCAACACGCUGCGGGCGAAGAGUGCAUGAAGUCGUACAAUCAAUCUCACCCAAAGAGACUGCGUCGUCCGGCCCGCCGCUCGGCCAGACUUUGAAAUGUAACGACACUUUUCUUUACACCUUACAGACAAAUGCAAAAUGUGCAAAUGCCUUGUUCCAUGUACGAAGUGAACAUCGGUGUCAGUGUGUAGCCCAUCGACCAGUAUCUAAAGUCACAUGUUAGUGGUUUAAAUGUCAGAAACACUUAUUUUCAAGAAAAAAAUAAA